AUGAGUGAUGUUGACGGAGAAGGAAAACCUCUUUCUAAGAAAGCUCUCAAAAAGUUAGAAAAGAAAGAGAAAAAAGAGAAUGAGAAAAAGCAAAAGGAAACAGAACGCGCAGCCAAGGAAGCGGCUGAAGUUACUGAAGACUAUGGUACCGAAAAUUAUGGAAAAUUGAAAUUGAAUCAGUCACAGGAAAGGACCGGUAAAACGCGUAUAGCCGACAUUAAUGCCAGUCGUGCUGGAGAAACUGUAUCAAUUCGGGCUCGUGUUUAUACUUCACGUAGCAAAAGCGCUAAGCUUGCCUUUUUUGUUUUUAGACAACAAGUUUCCACAAUUCAAGGAGUACUCGCCGUGAAUGAGACAAAUAUAAGCAAAGCCUUUGUCAAAUUUGCUGCUAAUGUUCCUGCCGAAUCAAUCGUUAUCGUUGAGGGCAUUAUCAAUAAAACAACUGAAGCGAUCACAGGUACUACUGUAUCUGAUGCUGAAUUACAUAUCAAAAAAUUUUAUGUGGUGAGCGAAACUAUUGGCCGACUUCCGUUUUCCCUGGAGGAUGCCUCAAGAUCUGAAGAGGAAUUCAAAAAGGAUGAAGCUCAAUACAGUCGCGUAGCGUUAGAGACACGAUUGAAUAGUCGCGUUGUUGAUCUUAGAACUCUUGCAAAUCAAGGAAUUUUUCGAAUUCAAUCCGGCGUCUGUCAGCUGUUUCGUGAAUUUUUGUUGUCAAAAUUUUUCAUUGAGAUACAUACACCUAAAUUACUUGGUGCUGCCAGUGAAGGUGGCGCAAAUGUGUUUAAGGUUCAAUAUUUUAAAGGUGAAGCAUAUUUGGCACAAUCUCCUCAAUUAUAUAAACAAAUGUGUAUAUGUUCAGAUUUUGAGCGUGUAUUUGAAAUAGCUCCUGUUUUCCGUGCAGAAGAUUCUAACACUCAUCGACAUAUGACAGAGUUCGUUGGACUUGAUUUGGAAAUGGCAUUUGAAGAACAUUACCAUGAAGUGCUUGAGAUUUUGCAAGAACUACUUGUUUUUGUUUUCAACGGAUUAAAAAAUCGAUUUUCUUCUGAAAUUGAGGCAGUGAAAAAACAAUAUCCAAGCACAAAUUUUGAAUUUCUUCAAAAAACGCUUAGGUUGGAAUUUAAAGAUGCUGUUAAACUUUUAAGAGAAAAUAAUGUUGAAAUUGAAGAUCUUGAAGAUUUUAGUACCGAAAAAGAAAAAACUCUUGGUAGACUAGUUAAAGAGAAAUACAACACCGAUUUUUAUAUAGUUGAUAAAUUCCCAUUAGGAGUUCGACCUUUUUAUACUAUGCCAGAUCCAAAUGAUGAUAAAUACUCGAAUUCAUUCGACUUUUUCAUGCGCGGACAAGAAAUUCUUUCCGGAGGACAACGUGUUCAUGAUCCAGUGUUCUUAGAAGAACGUGCUAAAUCGAAUGGUGUUGAAAUAUCCACCAUACAACCAUAUAUUGAUUCUUUCAAGAGGGGUGUUCCACCGCAUGCAGGUGGUGGUAUAGGUUUGGAACGUGUGGUAAUGCUUUAUUUGAAUUUGGAUGAUAUACGUAGAAGUUCAUUAUUCCCACGUGAUCCAAAACGCCUUGACCCAUAA